AUGUUACAAUCAUCUGCUUCACGUAGAUUAAUUGGUUUAACCAGCCACCUACGCACACUCCAUACAACACCAAUAUCACACACUAAAGUUACAAUAUUCGGUGCGGGUUUAAUGGGAGCUGGAAUAGCUCAAUCCAGUGCAAUGUCUGGUCAUUCAGUUACUUUAGCUGAUGUCUCUAAUCAAGCUAUCGAUAACGGUCAUGCUAUCGUUAAGAAAGGCCUUGCACGUGUUGCUAAGAAGAGAUUUGCCGAGAGCGUUCAGCAACAGGAAGAUUACAUUGAAAACACUCUCACAAACCUCAAUCUAACCACUGACCCUUCAAUCGCCGUAUCUCAAUCUGAUAUCGUCAUUGAGGCAAUCAUUGAAAAUCUUCGCAUUAAGCAAGAUCUAUUCGCUGCCAUCGAUAAGCUUGCAAGUCCUAACACCAUCUUCGCUACUAACACUUCGUCUCUCUCCGUUUCUGAAAUUUCAGCUUUAGUUGGUGAAUCACGUAAGAAAUCUUUUGCUGGUUUACACUUCUUCAAUCCUGUCCCUCAAAUGGCUUUGGUUGAAGUGAUUUCCACCCCUUUCACAAACCAAGACACAAAGGAUCGCCUCAACACUUUCAUCACCCAACUCGGCAAGAAAUCCGUCGCUUGUGCCGAUACCCCGGGUUUCAUCGUUAAUCGCCUCCUCGUGCCUUACCUCGCUGAAUCUAUUCGCUUGGUCGAGAGAGGUGACGCGUCGGUGCAAGAUGUCGACACUGCAAUGAUGCUCGGCGCUGGCCAUCCCAUGGGCCCUUUCCAACUUUGUGAUUUUAUAGGCUUGGACACUCUUAAACAUAUUCUCGAAGGCUGGAAAGAAAAAGCAUAUUCAGAGCAAGGCGAGCUUACUGGCAUUGACAAGGAUAUUGUCAAGGAUAUCCCUCUCCUCGAUGAACUCGUACAGGCUGGAAACUUUGGCAGGAAAUCUGGGAAAGGGUUCUAUGAUUAUAAAUAG